AUGGCUGAUAGCGACGACCAGGUGCCGCUGCUCGAGCGAGUCGAGAUGCCCAGCAAGCUUCCCAAGGAGCUACAGCGCAAGAUGACCUUGCUGCAGGACGAGUUCGCCGACGCCCAGGUCGAGCACAUGCGCGUUGGCGUGAACAUCAUGCGCCCCGUCUACGCCAAACGCAACGAGCUGAUCGCCUCCAAGCUCAAAGACCUCGACUUCUGGCCUCGCGUCUUCUCCAACCUGCCCGCUGAGGUAGACGAGUUCAUCCUCCCCUCGGACUCAGAGAUCUUCAACACAUGUCUCAAGAACCUCAACAUCGAGCGCAUCGGCAUCGACGAGAAGGGCGAAGGCGAACCUCGCUCUCUGCGCUUCACGUUCGAAUUCGAUAACAGCGAAGCAAACGUCUGGUUCGACGAUGCUAAGCUCGUCAAGGACUUCCAUUGGCGCAGGGAACUCAAGAUCACAGCUGCUGGCAAGCGGCGGGUGUGGGAAGGGCUGGUCUCUGAGCCUGUUCGCAUCAGCUGGAAGAAGAACAUGGAUCCCACUCAUGGCCUGCUGGAUGCUGCGUGUGACCUGGCCGAGGCCGAGAAGGCGUUGCUCAAGAAGGAGAAGAAGGAGAAGAUCAGCGAGGACGAGCGCAUGAAUUUGCCUGAGUUCGAGAAGUUGGUUGAGCUCGCUGCCAAGGUCGAGGCGGAGGCUGCGCCAGGCAACGAGGGAGAGGAGGACGGCGACGAGGACGGUGCUAGUCCCGCGGGAUUGAGCUUCUUUGCCUGGUUCGGAUACCGUGGUGCUGAUGUCUCUGAGAAGGAGUCUCAGGCUGCUAGAAAGGAGGACAGAGAGACCACCGAGAAGAUGCGAAAGGGCGAGGAUGUUCCCGGCGAGGAUGACGAUGACGAAGACGAAGACGACGAGGACGAGGAGGACUCUCUGGCCAUUGCUGAGAUCUUUGCCGAUGGCCAGAAUGUUGCCAUUGCCUUUGGUGAAGAGGUCUGGCCCGAAGCUCUCCAGUGCUACGUCGAUUCGUAUAUGGUCCCCGGCGACUUUGAGGAUUUCGAGGACCUCGACGUCGAAGAGAUGGAAGCUCUCAUUGCCGGAGACGAAGACGAAGACGAGGAGGAAGAAAAGGGCGAAAAGGAAGAGAGACCUCGCAAGAAGGCCAAGAAGGCUUGA